GCUUUGACAACUGAGAUUAACCUUCACUAACCUUCCCUCGUUAGUUGAACACGAUCUUAGUCGUCCGUUAUUUUGUUCAUAUCAGUACUGACCGAUGAAUUUAAUUUGUGAAAUUUUUUUUAUUUAAUUGUUGUUUUUUCAUUUUUUACUUGAGUUUUAAAUUCUGCAAUGUCUGCUGACAAAGAUGAAGAGGUGCAGGAGUUUACCCUCGAAGCAGAUGCGGAACUUCGCUUCGAAGUCGAAAACAAAAACGAAACAGUAACAGUCGAGCUUAAAAGUGGAUAUGCAGAGAUAUUUGGAACUGAACUGGUCAAAGGGAAAUCUUAUACAUUCACUACCGGGGCCAUUCUUGCCAUUUUUACCUGGCAGGGUUGCACUCUGGAGUUCAGGGGUAGAAAAAAUAUAAGUUAUAUCGCAAGAGAGACACCGAUGAUGUUUUAUUUGAACUGUCAUGCUUGUUUGGAACAACUAAGAAUGAAAGCUGAAAAAGAAGAUGAAGUCAAAAGAGGACCGAUAACUAUGGUCGUUGGGCCGACUGAUGUCGGGAAGUCUACGAUAUGCCGAAUCCUUCUUAAUUAUGCCGUGAGAAUGGGCAGGACCCCUGUUUUUGUGGACCUGGAUGUUGGCCAAGGGCAAAUUUCUGUCCCUGGAUCAAUUGGUGCAGUUUUGGUAGAACGACCUGCUACAGUGGAAGAGGGUUUUUCACAACAGGCACCCCUCGUGUAUCACUUUGGUCAUACAACACCACAAAAAAACAUACAGACUAUGAAUCUCCUAGUGAGUAAAAUGUCCGAAGUUGUCCACGAAAGGCUGAAAGCGAAUAAGAAGGCAAAUGUUUCUGGUGUUAUCAUUAACACUUGUGGCUGGGUGAAAGGAGAAGGAUACAAACUACUUACUCAUGCGGCUCAGGCAUUUGAAGUGGACAUCAUCCUUGUUUUGGGCCAAGAGAAACUCUACAAUGAGCUAGUCAGAGACAUGCCUAAUUUUGUUAAAGUUGUUCUCUUGCCCAAAAGUGGAGGGGUUGUUGUGAGGACGAAAGAGUUCAGGUCCGAAGGAAGGGACAGCCAGGUGAGGCAGUACUUUUACGGGAAAAGGACAUCGCUCCACCCACACAGUUUUGACGUCAAGUGGUCCGAUCUGAAAAUAUACAAAAUCGGAGCACCGCCACUUCCAGACUCGUGCAUGCCAUUGGGAAUGAAAGCAGAGGAUAAUAUGACUAAGCUUGUACUGGUGCAACCUGGUCCGAGUCUGUUGCACCAUUUGCUCGCAGUUAGUUUUGCCUCGUCUCCGGAAGAUGACAUCAUAACAACAAAUAUUGCAGGAUACAUUUGUGUAACUAACGUUGAUGUUGAUAACCAAACGCUUACCGUCCUCUCACCGCAGCCGAGGCCACUACCAGAUACAUUGUUUAUUCUUAGUGAAGUACAAUUCAUGGACAGUCAUUAACUGUGUUGUUUUUAGUGAAAAACGUUGUAUAUGACUGUUUUUUGUGUAAAUAUUUUUUAAACUUUGCAAAGAUUGUUUUUGAAUUUAAUAAAACUUAAAGAGAAAUA